AUGGCUCUCCAAGUUGCUGUCGACAGAGGCUACCUCAACUUAUUGGCACAGUUGCGCCAGUCUAGUCCGUCCGUUUCAACAGAGACACUGCAAGCUGCAAUAUGCCACUACCUCGUUCAUCUGCCAUCAACUCAGCCGACUCCGACACCACUGACAGCAUCCAUUCUCGCUUCUCCAGUCUGGCAUCCGCUCUCGCUUGCUAGUUGCCUCUCAUUAGGAAAUACUUUCAGAGUGGCGAUUCGACAAAACUACAUUGAGCUCAAAAAGAAAAAGAGAGGGUUCUUCGAUCCAUCCGUGACACGCGAUCUUGCGACUUGGAUCCGCGGAAUCCUAAAUGGAUUGAACAACGGAGAUGCAUUACUGCGUUUAGCCAUAUCUGGCGGUCUGUUUCUCGGUAUAAAAGACCUUCGUGAUGAUAAAGUGGAACAGCGACUGUCUCGAAUUGUCGAAGAAGUGAUAGUCCUUGCAUUUGCGGAUUUAACGGAAGGAACCGCUGCUGCUAAAGAUCCGUGGACGAGUGAAUUCAAGCAAAAUGACGCCCACUCAUCAGAACUUCCUGUACUUCUCGCAUCUCAAUAUUUUAACUGGAUCUCAACGGAAGCGCUUUCUGCACUCAACUUGAUCAACCUCGCCUCAUCCUGCCUUGCAGCGAUUGAGAAGGCAUUCAUGUCGGGAACUUAUCUUCUCUCCUCUCUCGACAGCCUGAUUCGCGACGACUCAGGCUCAAUAAUCCUUUCCGAAGGGUCGAAUUUGGAGCGCGACAUUGAUGCACUACUGAUAUCAGAAAGCUUUACUUGCGUAGCGUACUUAUGCAGGCUCGUCGCCCGCGUAAUAAUGAUCUUGUCCGACACACUAUUCCGCACGCGCAAGAAAAGAGAAUUAUGGGACCUCCUCAACGGCAUCACUCAAAGAUUACAGGAUAUGGCAUGUCGCGUCGAGGAAGACUGGCGGUCCAGUCUGCUGGCUCAGGUGCAAGCGAAGAAUGACUUAGGCAAUAAGGUACCCAAGUUGACAGAGAAAAUAUGGAACGCACUCAAAACACAGCUCUUCUCGACUCUCAUGCUUCAACAAGCCGUCCUCGACACCAUUCUCUUCCACCCUCCGCCUCCUUCCCCUUCAACGGCAUCCAAUACAUAUUCACCCUCUCACCUCACUUCAACGAUACUCAACACCCUUUCCUCCCUUUCUUUCAUCAUCGCUUCCUUUGGUGGAGUAACUGCGGGAUCGUCAACUGGAGCCAAAGGACCUACGUUUCCAGAGCUGAAGAAAGUGUUUUACAUAUCUAUUGAUAUCCUGUCUACCAACGUGUUAGAGAGCGAAUCGUUUGUUCGCAACUUGGUUCGAGACACCAACGUAUCCUGUGGCGGUGACUCUAUUUCAGGAGGCGGCCCAUUCGCCAAUGCAAAACGCUCCUUCACCCUCGCUUGUAUCGAACAAUUCAUCCCGGUCCUAGACGAUCAUUGUAUCGAAGAAGUCAUUUUACCAUUUUGCGAGCCUCACCUAGGAGACCCAUCCGAACGCCAGACAUACGAAUCCGCGCAUUCGGUUAUGCUCUCUAUCUUUGCUGCGCACGCAGAUAAGAGUGCAGACACGUCAUCUUCUGCGGAACAUGAGCAGAGUCGGAGGGAAAAGGGUACGGUGGAUUUGAAGGGUAAGACACCCGCUGAAAAGGUCGGUCUUGCAAGGCGGUUAGUCCCUGGGUAUGCUCAGUGUUUACUCGAGAACGCAAAAGAAGGCGGACUAACGACUCCCCAACUCCGACUUGCGUACGCAGCACUCGUUCGGAGCGCAAGCACAGGUCGACAUUCACAUCCUACCAGUCCUAGUCCUCACAAUUUCACUCGGACAAGCACGGACGAGAGACCGACUUGGGGUGUUCAAAGCGCUUGGCAGUGGCUACGAGGCAGUCCCGAUAGAAGAGAAGAAGACUUUGCGUUUGCGGGCGACCCAGCACUCGCCUGGCUCUGCAUCGAACAACUCUUACAAGCUCUCUCGCUUGCCGCUCCCAAUCCGGACCAACACUUUGCACUCUCUCUAACCUUAAUCUCCCUCAUCUCCUCUACACACCCCGCCCCCCUCCCACGCCUUCUCAAAGAAAUUCAACAACUCAUAGAUACUUCUUAUGGUGAUGAUCAAACGGAUGGAGAGCGGAGACGAGUGUUAAUUGAGAGUGUGUUUGAAGAGGUGAUGGAGAAAGUUGGGGAUGCGGAGAGGGAGGUUGUUAUGCAGUGGUGGUUUGAGUGUUCGAGGAAAUGGGGAGAAGAGGGUAUGAGUGCGAGUGCGAGUGCGAGUAGGAAUCGAGUGGAGGAUGGCCGAGAGUCAAAGCAACGAUCCAUGUUGUAGGAUACUACGGUCGAUAAUAUGUAAUCAUGUUUAACCAGUCCGAGUAUUACCAG